GCUCUCACCUCAAAGCAUCCUGUAGAGCUGCUGGUGCCCUCAGUGUGACAACACAGCGGGGAGGCAGCGGAGCCAUGGCGAGUCCCGGGCAGAAAGUGGUGCUGAUCACCGGCUGCUCCUCCGGUAUCGGCCUGAGGAUGGCUGUGAUGCUGGCCAAUGAUGAACAGAAGCGCUAUCACGUCAUAGCAACGAUGCGUGAUCUGAAACGUAAAGAUAAGCUGGUGGAAGCUGCUGGAGAUGCGUACGGGAAAACUCUGUCUCUGGCUGUGCUGGAUGUCUGCAACGAUGAGUCCGUCAAACAGUGUAUCAAUGGCAUCAAAGAUCGACACGUGGAUGUCCUCAUCAAUAACGCAGGUAUCGGCCUCGUGGGUCCGAUAGAGAGCAUCCCCAUCGAGGAAAUGAAGAAAGUGUUUGAGACCAAUUUCUUUGGGGUGAUCCGCAUGAUCAAGGAGGUGAUGCCUGAUAUGAAGAAAAGGAAAGGAGGACACAUCAUCGUCGUCAGCAGUGUGAUGGGACUGCAAGGUAUUGUGUUUAAUGAUGUGUAUGCAGCUUCCAAGUUUGCAAUGGAGGGCUUCUGUGAGAGUUUGGCUGUGCAGCUCUUGAAGUUUAACGUCACACUGUCACUCAUUGAGCCAGGACCGGUGCACACAGAAUUUGAAGCAAAGAUGAUUCAGGAUGUGAGGCAGAAGGAGUAUCCUGGUGCCGAUCCAGAUACGGUGCAUUACUUCAAGAACGUGUAUCUUCCUUCCUCUGUUGACAUCUUUGAGACCCUGGGACAAACACCUGAUGAUGUUGCCAGAUGUACCAAGAAAGUGAUUGAAGCAAGCAGACCCCGUUUCCGUAAUCUGACCAACCCCUUGUACACGCCAAUCGUAGCGUUGAAAUAUGCUGAUGAAACUGGAGGCCUGUCUGUCCAUGCCUUCUACCACAUGCUCUUUAACUUGGGUCCUCUGAUGCACGUCAGCAUGACUGUCAUGAAGUACCUCACCUGUGGAUGUCUGAGAAGCAGGACAGUGUCACCAAACUAGAAACAUGUUUUUUGUAUGCAAAUGUGAACAACAGACUGCAAAUAAAGACCACACAC